UCACCACUCAGUCUAUCCUCAAUUCCUCUCCUCUCAUUACUUCUCUUUAUACACACAGUCACACCCUCCUAUCGACUUCCUACUGCUGAACUGAAACGUCCUCCUCCUCCUCUGCCAUGGCUUCCUCUGCCGCCCUUUCCGUCGCCAAGCCAUCUCUCCAGGCAAAUGGGAAGGGGUUCGGGGAAUUCUCGGGCCUCCGGAACUCGUCGGCAUCUCUUUCCUUUGGGAGGAAGAACUCCGAUGACUUCCUCUCCGUCAUUGCCUUCCAGACUUCUGCUGUCGGGAGCAGCGGAGGUUACAGGAAGGGAGUGGUGGAGGCAAAGCUGAAGGUGGCCAUCAAUGGAUUCGGGAGAAUAGGCCGGAACUUCCUCCGGUGUUGGCACGGCCGCAAGGACUCGCCCCUUGAUGUCAUCGCUAUCAACGACACCGGAGGUGUCAAGCAGGCCUCUCACCUCCUCAAGUAUGACUCUACCCUCGGCAUCUUCGAAGCUGAUGUCAAGCCCGUGGGCGACUCUGCCAUCUCCGUGGACGGCAAGGUCAUCCAGGUCGUCUCCAACCGCAACCCCCUCAACCUUCCCUGGGGGGAAAUGGGGAUCGAUCUGGUGAUCGAAGGAACUGGAGUGUUUGUUGACCAGGAGGGUGCCGGCAAGCACAUCCAGGCUGGCGCCAAGAAGGUGCUCAUCACCGCCCCCGGCAAGGGUGACAUCCCAACUUAUGUCGUCGGGGUCAAUGCUGACCUCUACAACCCGACUGAGCCCAUCAUCAGCAAUGCCUCGUGCACCACCAACUGCCUUGCCCCUUUCGUCAAGGUCCUCGACCAGAAGUUCGGCAUCAUCAAGGGCACCAUGACAACCACCCACUCCUACACCGGUGACCAGCGCCUGCUCGACGCUAGCCACCGUGACUUGAGGCGUGCAAGGGCAGCCGCACUCAACAUCGUCCCGACCUCCACUGGAGCAGCCAAGGCCGUGGCCCUCGUCCUCCCCACCCUAAAGGGGAAAUUGAACGGCAUUGCCCUCCGUGUCCCCACCCCCAACGUGUCGGUGGUCGACCUCGUCGUGCAGGUCUCCAAGAAGACCUUUGCUGAGGAGGUGAACGCUGCCUUCAGGGAUUCGGCGGAGAAGGAGCUGCAGGGCAUCCUGUCAGUGUGUGACGAGCCGCUUGUGUCGGUGGACUUCCGGUGCUCCGAUGUGUCCUCCACCGUCGACUCUUCCCUCACCAUGGUCAUGGGUGACGACAUGGUGAAGGUAAUUGCGUGGUACGACAACGAGUGGGGCUACUCCCAGAGAGUCGUCGAUCUCGCCCACAUCGUGGCCAACCAAUGGAAGUGAGGUAUCCGGGUCUAUAUAUAUCAUCGAUCGAAUAGAGCCAUGGACCGAGUGAAUGAUGAUUUUGGACUGCUAAUUAAUAUUGGUGUCCUCCAAAAUCUGUGCAUUAUUUUAUUUUUAAUCUUAAGACGCAGCUGUUUCGCAAUAUAAUGUAAUGAGAUCAUGCGGAACAAUUUCUUGUUUCUGAUCGUUUAUGACAUAAUAAUGAAUUUUUUUUCUCUUGGGAGGAUUUC